AUGGAGUCCAAUGGUCAUAGAAGAGCAAAGAGAUAUGAUUGUGUCGUUAAAGAAAACGGCGAUUCCCAUUUGUCAAAUGAUGAUGAACAUGAUCCAUGGACUGCGUGGGCAUACAAGCCUCGCACAAUCACACUAUUACUUAUUGGUGCUGGCUUACUUAUUUGGGCAAGUGGAGCACUUGAUCCAGAAAGAGAUGCAUCAGGUGAUGUCGUUACUUCAGUUAAAAGGGGUGUAUGGGCAAUGAUUGCUGUUUUUCUCACUUAUUGCUUGCUGCAAGCUCCUUCUACGGUCCUCAUUAGGCCGCAUCCUGCAAUUUGGCGCUUGGUACAUGGGAUGGCUGUUGUAUACCUUGUUGCUCUCACAUUUUUGCUUUUUCAGAAACGCGACGAUGCUCGACAGUUUAUGAAGUAUCUUCAUCCUGAUCUUGGCAUUGAACUUCCAGAAAGAUCGUACGGUGCUGAUUGUCGCAUAUAUAUACCCGAAAACCCUGCCAGCAGGUUUAAGAAUGUUUAUGAUACACUUUUUGAUGAGUUUGUUCUAGCGCAUAUUAUUGGGUGGUGGGGGAAGGCAAUAUUGAUUCGCAAUCAGCCCCUUCUUUGGGUGCUAUCAAUAGGUUUUGAGUUGAUGGAGCUUACUUUCCGUCACAUGUUACCGAAUUUCAAUGAGUGCUGGUGGGACAGUAUUAUUCUGGACAUCUUAAUCUGCAAUUGGUUUGGAAUUUGGGCAGGAAUGCAUACUGUCCGCUACUUCGAUGGAAAAACAUACAAGUGGGUUGGUCUUAGCCGCCAACCUAAUAUAAUCGGAAAAGUGAAACGGACAUUAGGCCAAUUCACACCGGCCCAAUGGGACAAAGAUGAGUGGCAUCCAUUCCAGGGUCCAUGGCGAUUUAUUCAAGUUCUUAGUCUUUGCAUUGUAUUUUUGACAGUAGAGCUCAACACAUUCUUUUUGAAGUUUUGUCUAUGGAUACCACCGCGAAAUUCAGUUGUUAUAUAUAGGUUAAUUUUGUGGUGGCUACUUGCAAUUCCAACAAUUCGCGAAUACAACACAUACCUUCAAGACAGUAAGCCAGUGAAAAAGGUUGGAGCUUAUUGUUGGCUCUCUCUCGCCAUUUGUAUUGUCGAACUUCUCAUUUGCAUAAAAUUUGGAUACGGCUUAUAUCCGAAGUCAAUGCCAUUAUGGCUGGUAGUUUUAUGGUCAUCAGUUGGAGUGGGAAUAGUUACAUUUUUGGGUCUAUGGUCUUGGCAACUUCUCCAUAGGAGAAGUCUAGAGAGAAAGAGGCGAUAG